GACCGAGGAGCGGGGCUCCGUGCGGAGCCCCGGGGCUGCCGGAGAGCCUCGCUGGGCCUUGAACCCGCGGGCAUGUGCGCUAAGGAGCGGGAGACGUGCAGGGAGAGCUUCCCCGCUGAGCCCGUGCCGUCGGUGCUGAAAGCCGGGAAUUUAAAGCAGGGGAACCUAACUGAGGUUUACAAAACGAGAGUGGUUAAGGGUCUGUUUUGUAUUUGCCGGAUUGGAGGUCUGGGCUGUGAGCACCUUUGGGCAGUAUCUACCGAGCUUUGUCCUUGCCAAGCAGAUAAGAUUUAAAAAGAGACUUAAAGACCUUUUCCUAUAGAUGGGAACGGGGGAAGGAGCCCAGACGUGGCAGCUCAUUCACAGGCUCCUGCAGGACCACCAUGGCUUAUGAUGGCACCAAGAAGAAAGAAGAGUCCCUAGAGAGUCACCGAAGUGCUGACGACGGGCUGGCACCUGGCAGGAUACAGCGAGAGAAGAAGCGCUCGUACAAGGAUCUUCUGCAAGAGGAGGACGAGACAGCAACUCAGGACAGUGAGUUUUUUCCAGGGACAGAAGCUCACAAAAAGAAGAGAAAGCAUUCCUCCGAUGAGUUCUGCUACAGAGGUGUCUCGCCUUUGGAUCUACCAUCAAAAAAGAAGAAAAAAGCAGCUUCUAGUCCAUCCUCAACUGAUACAACCAUGGAUUUACUUAAGACUAUCAACUCACCUUUGGCCACAAGCUCAAAGUCUUCAAAGAGGACCUCUGAAAAAUCAUCUCAUUCUUCCUCUGGCCAUUCUGAAAGCAGAAAGGACCAUCCCAAGAAGAAGCUGAGUGGGAGCAGUGGGGAGCACUCAGUGGAUGACAGCAGCUCCCACAAAUCUAAAAAAAUGAAACCUCUUUAUGUGAACACAGAGACACUUACUCUUCGUGAACCUGACGGCUUGAAGAUGAAGCUCAUCCUUUCACCAAAAGAAAAAAGUAGUGCAGCAGAUGAUGAUUCUUUAUCCUACUCUUCAGCACCAGCAGCUGCAAAGAAAUCUUCAAAGAAAUCAGCUCGAGAUGAGCAAGGCUCAUUCCUGCUGGGGCAUGAUCUGCAGAGCUUCCUGAAGUCAUCCCGGAAGAAGCACAAACCACCUCCGGACUCCCAUCCACCUUCUGAGAGCUUUGGUGCUGACACCUCCCUUCAUUCAGAGGGCCAUGGAAGCGAGUACGAGGUUUCAGGCAUGGAGGCACCACCAGAAUCUGGUUCUUCCUCUGGUGGAGAGUUGGAGGCUGGAGAGCUGGUGAUAGAUGACUCCUACCGGGAAAUCAAGAAGAAGAAGAAGUCCAAAAAAAGUAAGAAAAAAAAGGACAAGGAGAAACACAGAGAGAAGAAGCACUCCAAGUCUAAAAAGAGUUCUGGGCACUCUCCUGUGGCAGUAGCAGAAGUAAGAGUGUCACCACCACCUGCCAGUACCACCCCCUAUGGUGUCCCUCCACCUGCUCCUGCUGUUUUUCACUCAGAUGGUCAAGGCGAGAAGAGGAGGAAAAAGGAAGACAGGGAGAAGGACAAGUCUGAGAAAUGGGAAAAGGAAAAGGAAAGAGAAAAGGAAAGAGAGAAGGAAAGAGAAAGAGAAAAGGAGAAGGAAAGAGAAAAAGAAAAGGAAAGAGAGAAGGAGAAGGAAAGAGAAAAAGAAAAGGAAAGAGAAAAAGAAAAAGAACGAGAAAAGGAAAAAGAAAGAGAAAGAGAAAAAGAAAAGGAGAGAGAAAAGGAAAGAGACAAACCAAAGAAGAAAAACAUGUCUGCUUAUCAAGUGUUCUGUAAGGAAUAUCGUACAAAUAUCGUGUCUGAGCAUCCUGGAAUAGAUUUUGGAGAGCUAAGUAAAAAACUGGCAGAAGUGUGGAAGCAGCUACCUGAGAAGGAUAAGUUGAUCUGGAAACAGAAAGCUCAGUAUCUCCAACACAAGCAGAAUAAAGCAGAGGCCACCACUGUGAAGAGAAAGGCAUCAUCUUCAGAUGGUGCUCCAAAAAUGAAAGCUUCUCCAACAGGAGUGGUUUCUCCUCACAAAAAAUCCCCCACCAGCACCGUGAUGGUGCCUUCCUCACCAGCCAAAGCCCCUGAGACGGAUCCCAUUGAUGUAGCUGCACAUUUACAGUUACUGGGUGAAUCUCUGAGCCUCAUUGGACACAGACUGCAGGAAACAGAGGGAAUGGUGGCUGUUUCUGGAAGUUUGUCAGUACUCCUAGACUCAAUCAUCUGUGCUUUGGGCCCGUUGGCAUGUCUGACCACACAACUGCCUGAGUUGAAUGGCUGCCCAAAACAUGUUUUGUCAAACACAUUAGACAACAUUGCCUACAUCAUGCCUGGACUUUGAUGGGAAAGGAUCCUGGGAUGUACUUAGCCUCUGUGUAACUGACUUGUGCACGUGCACUAUGCCAACGUUCCUGAGGGGCUCCAUGUGGCGGCUUUUAAAGUUUUAUAUGUGUAUAGUAUAUACAUAGGAUUGUAACUACUUGAGUUCUAUUUUAUGAAACGUUGUGAACUUAAGCUGCAAAAACCCUUUUGUGUUGGUGGGUGAAAUGUCCUCCAGUCUGAAAGUAUUUUGUAUGAAGAAUUCAGAAAGCUUUUGACAUAUUUGCCUUAAAUUCAGAUUCAGUGGGGGAAGCAAACAGAGAUUGAACUUUUCAAUAUAAACAAGAAAGCUGUCACCGUGAGAGGAGUCUUUGAAACAGGUGGCCUGGAGAGGUUCCUGACUCUCCUUCCUUGGUGAUAUUCAAAAACUGAAUGAGCAGCCUGCUCUAGUUGGACUUGCUUUAAGCUGGGAGAUAGACCAGAUGAUCUCCUGGUCCCUGCCUAAACUAAAGUAUUCUGAUAUUCUGUGGGCAGGUAGAGAUGAUACAUUUUGGACCAGGGAAUAGAACUGAAUUCUUCACCAGCCCUAUUUGUAACUGUUUCUGUUUAAAACACACUUGAGGGAAAAGCUGGAUAGCUUUUUGCCUCUUGGUCACUUUCUCCAACCCCCAUGCCUCAGUCAGUACUAACUGAAACUUGUCAGUGUUGGCUGGCUGGUCUGCUAGCUGGUAUUUGAAGUGAAGUAGAUGACAACAAGUUUAUUUUUUCCUUGUGGACUCCAAUCAUUAUUAGCACAAUGUAUCAACCCAUUGCAUUGGCUUGAGAGAAUGAACCUCCUGCUGAUUUUUCCACGGCAUGGUCACCCUGCUUUGAUGGAAAGGAGUAGAGAAGCAGAUGGGAAAAACUUGGAUUGCUUCUGCCCAUCUGGCACCUGUUUGUGAAAUGGCUCAUCCACCAUCUCUCUCACCAGCACUAUUGCAGGAGCUGUGGUGCAGCUGCAAGGCAGCGACCAGUGGCCAGUUUGAGACAAUUAUGGCCAAGUAAGGCACAUGUGGGUUGAUUGGACUGCUUUCCCUUCCUUCCAGCCACAUACUUGGAGUUUGGUUUUCUGCUCCUCUUCCAGAGGAGCAGCAGGAGAACACUUGAUUCCUGUUUAGGCUUUUGUCUGUGUGUGUGUAUGUGUAUGUGGUGUUCAUAUCACAUGUAUUUAACGUUUACCAAUAUCUGUAACAGAUUUUAAUUUAUCCUGUAUAUUUCUCUGUGUGUGUGUAUAUAUUUAUAUAUAUAUACAUAAUUUAAAAGCAAAAAUCCCUCCCUCAGCCAACAGUGUGUGAAAAAUGUGAAUCAAGUUUGUCUCAGCUCACUUCCUGCAGGAGUCAACUCUAUGUAUAGUAGUAAGCAUGGGCAUUGUGUAAAGAAACACCAGGAAGAUUCUAAGCAUUUGUAGAAACAGGCUAUCUUGUGAAGGUGGGCAGAACAACUGAAAUAUCAUUUGACUCAGGCCUUAUCAGCUCUGUAACAGGAAAGUUUUAAAAUUAGAGACAAGGCAUUUUUUACUUCCAAGUAAGUCUAGCUUGUUUUUUAGGACAGUUGAAAGUGAGCUGUCCUUCAUUGUGGCUGAGUCCCAAAUCAGAAGUAAAUUAAAUCCUGGGGUGUGGAGGAUUUUUCUCCCCAUGCCUCUUUGCCACGUAUUCCUCAGAUGUGCCUGUACAAGGUAGUCUGUCUCUUACAGAACUUUUCUCAGUGCUGUCAGGGGUUUUCUCAGCAGAGGAGGCACAGAAGGUUCUCAGUCCACCAGGCCAGAACAUAUGUUUUAACAGCUUAGAACAAAUCCCAGUGAGCCUGGAAAUAGGAAGGGCCAGUAGGGAGGCAGUCCAAUCCUGCUUCAGAUCCUGGCCCAUACUAAAGCAUCUGCUGUUGUGAGCAGCACAAAAUAACUGGUUCAUUCCAGCCCUUCACAGUUGAGAGCAGUGUGGUGAAGGGGUAAGUCUGCUUUUGAAGAAACAGAAGGGGAUCAACCUUAGCUUUGUCCUCUGUACAACUGAAAACUCUUGAAGAGUGAUAAACACACACCCUGGUGUAUUGUAUUUUUAUUAAAAUUUGUACACUUUGUAUAAUCUGUAUCUUGUGGUAUUUGGUACUAUAGGGAAACUUUGUCAAGACUUAGCAGUUUUUAUAUUUUUGUUAUUUCUUUGCUGUUUGGUCCAGAUUACAUUACAAUUAUACACAGACUUUUUUGUACUGUAC